CUUCCCACUUGGAAAGAGGCUCGCCGACGCGUCAGGACACCAAAAACCCGCGGAGCUCUCUGACUUCAACACCGGACCACCUCACUCUCCCUUUCUCAGACUGGGGUUCUACAACAAAGGCUUAAACCAUUUUUUAUUUUUAAAUUUUUUGAAUCAACCAAAAGAAUUCCAACAGUUUCCUCUAGCUUCAUUCAUGUUCUGCUGAGCCAGAGGAGCUGAAGAUGAAGAGCAGUCUGUCUCUGGCGGCGGCUGCCUUCCUGGCACUGCUGCUGUCCUCCGCUCAGGCCCAGGACCAAGUCGACCCUCCAUCAGAUUUGAGGUUUAAGAUUUUAAAUGAAAACACAGUGCAAAUGAUCUGGACCAGACCACAGUCGAGGAUACAGGGCUACAGAAUACAAGUGACCUCAGACACAGAAGAACCAACAAAAGAAUUUAAUCUGCCUGCGUCUGCGACUAAGACCGCCAUCUCAGACCUGAGUCCAGAUGUGGAUUAUACCGUAACGAUAUCUGCAUACAUUGGAUCAGAGGAGAGUCUGCCCAUUUCCGGCCAGAUCACAAUUGAAAGUGGCAGAGGAACUCCCAGGAAACCAGACCCUUCAGACUCAGUCAAAUGCUCCGUGGGUGCCAUUGCCGACGUGGUAUUCUUGGUUGACGGCUCCUGGAGCGUGGGCAGGCCGAACUUUAAAUACAUCCGAAACUUUAUCUCAGCGGCGGCCGGAGCCUUUCAGAUCGGAGAGGAGAGAACUCGUGUGGGCGUAGUCCAGUACAGCGGCGAUGCCCGGACUGAGUUCAGACUGAAUGAACACCUGACGCGACCGGUGCUGCUGCGGGCCAUCGGUUCACUGCCGUACAAAGGAGGCAACUCCAUGACAGGCGACGCCCUCGACUACCUCUUGAAAAACACUUUCUCUGAGGCAGCUGGUGCCAGGAAGGAUUUUCCCAAAGUGCUGGUGAUCAUCACAGAUGGCAAAUCUGAGGAUCCAGUGGAGAGUUACGCCAGGCAGCUCAGGAACAGGGGGGUGGAGAUCUUUGUCCUCGGGAUCCAAGAGGCUGAUGAAGAUGAGAUGAAGCUAAUGGCCUCCACUCCUUACAGAAGUCACAUCUAUAAAGUCGCCAACUUUGAUAAAAUCAAGAAUGUGCAGAAAGAGCUAAUCACCCAGGUGUGCGCUGGUGUGGAUGAUCAACUCAGCUUACUUACCAGCGGAGAAGAAGUCGUUGAGCCAGCCUCUAACCUCCAUGUCCUGGAGGCAGCCUCCAAGUCCAUGCGGGUGACCUGGGACGCCUCCAUCGGCGACAUUACCGGAUACAAGGUGCAGAUGAUCCCCAUGAUGGCCGGCAGCAAGCAGCAGGAGCUGUAUGUGGGGCACACCCAGACCUCAGUGGUGGUCAGAGACCUUUCUCCAGACACAGAAUACCAGAUCAGUCUGUUUGCAUUGAAGGGCCUGUUGCCCAGCGAGCCCGUCGUAGCCAUGCAGAAGACAGAACCAGUUAAAGUGUCAGUGGAAUGUUCUCUUGGGGUGGAUGUUCAAGCCGAUGUCGUCCUCCUGGUUGAUGGUUCAUACAGCAUUGGUCUUGCCAACUUUGCUAAAGUAAGAGCUUUCCUGGAGGUGCUGGUGAACACCUUUGACAUCGGAGCAGACAAGGUCCAGAUCAGCUUGGUCCAGUACAGCAGGGACCCCCACACCGAGUUCCAACUGAACACUCACCAUGACCUGAGCGCUGUGGUCAAGGCCGUGAGGACUUUCCCAUACCGAGGUGGCUCUACCAACACCGGCAGGGCCAUGACCUAUGUGAGGGACAAGAUCUUUCAGUCCUCCAAAGGGGCACGUACUAAUGUUCCCCGUGUUACCAUCCUCAUCACUGACGGGAAGUCUUCAGACGCCUUCCAGGAGCCGGCCACCAAGCUGAGGAACGCCGAUGUGGAGAUUUUUGCGGUUGGUGUUAAGGACGCUGUAAGAUCUGAGCUUGAGGCCAUCGCCAAUGAGCCUGCAGAGACCCAUGUGUACACUGUGGAGGACUUUGAUGCUUUCCAGAGAAUUUCAAAAGAACUCACACAGUCCAUCUGCUUGAGGAUCGAGCAGGAACUUCGCAACAUUGCACAGAGACGAUUGGUCCAACCAAAGGCUCUGUCCUUCUCAGAGGUGGGCCCCAAAAGCUUCAGGACCUCGUGGGAGAUCGAUGCCCCCAAUGUUGAGUCCUUCUUGGUUCAGUUCAAGCCUGCAGAUGACACCGACGGACAUUCUGUGUCCAUGUCUGUGCCUGGGGACGCCCGCACCACCCUUCUCCCCAACCUCAACCCACUCACCCGCUACGAAGUCAGCGUUUACGCUCAGUAUGACAAAGCAGACAGCUUGCCUGUGACCGGCUAUGAGACCACUGUAGAAGAACGAGGCCCGGUGCGCAACUUGAGAGUAUCCGAAGAGACAACAGACAGCUUCCGGGUGUCCUGGAGGCCAGCUCCAGGACACGUCACUCGCUACCGUUUGAGCUAUGAACCUGUUGGGGAUGAGCGCUCACGGCUGGAGACGACCGUUGGCGGCGAGGACACGACGAUUGUGCUGAAUGAGCUUCAGCCUAAAACCACCUACCGCGUCACUGUCACUCCUGAAUACCAGUCUGGCUCUGGAAUGCCGCUCCAGACUGACGGCACCACCAAAGAAGCCAAGGGUUCCCCUUCUGACAUGAGGGUUUUCGACGAGACUGUGUCCUCCAUGAGGGUCUCUUGGGAGCCAGCACCGGGUAAUGUCCUCCAGUAUCGUGUGGCGUACAAACCUGCCACCGGCGGCCCCCGAAGGGAAGUGUCGGUGAAGGGCGACAACAGAGCUGCCCUCCUAAAGAACCUGCAGCCGGGCACCGAGUACGACAUCUCUGUCAGCGCACGAUACUCGUCCGGCCUGGGUGACCCCCUGGAGGGACAAGGCUCCACGCUAGAAGAGGUUGGACCUCCUAAAAAUCUGGUCACCAGCGACGUGACCGACACCAGCUUUGCAGUGUCUUGGACUCCGGCUCCCGGGAAGGUCAAGAUGUACCGUGUUCGAUGGAAGUCGAUGUUUUCCAAGGAGACUGGAGAAAAAAUGGUGCCAGGAGAUGAAACCAACACUGUGCUGGAAAAUCUGACCCCAGAGACGCUCUACCAGGUCUCUGUGGUCGCAGCGUACGGUCACAAAGACAGCGACCCACUCACAGGACAGGAAACCACUGAUGCCUCCGCUGCUGGUAAAAAGCUGACCGUGUCAGACGAGACUGAGCAAACCAUGAGAGUCACGUGGACGCCGGCGCCAGGCAAGGUUCUCAACUACCGUCUGAAGCAUUUUCCCAUAAAGGGAGGCAAAGAAGUGCCCAUCAAGGUCCCUGGAUCAGCCACCUCAACCGUCAUGAAGGGCCUACAGCAUACGACCACUUACAACAUCACUGUUCACCCCAUCUACAAGCACGGGGAAGGAAAAGCAAGGCAAGGAGUAGGAACGACACUGUCGCCCUACAAGGCUCCCCGUAACCUUCAGACCUCAGAGCCCACCAAGAACAGUUUCAGAGUCUCCUGGGAUCCAUCACCCGGAGAAGUUAGGGGCUACAAGGUGACGUUUCACCCAUCUGGGGAUGAUGUUGACUUGGGGGAGAUGGUUGUUGGCCCCUAUGAUAACACCGUUGUUCUAGAGGAACUCAGGGCAGGAACAAAGUACUCAGUGGCAGUGUUUGGGGUGUAUGACGGAGGGCAGAGUACGCCUCUGGCAGGAGAGGAGAAGACGACUCUCUCUGACGCUCCUGAUCCUCCUAAUCUCAGUCUUUCUGACAAUCAGUGUAAGACCAAUGCGAUGGCCGACAUCGUGCUGCUGGUCGAUGGCUCCUGGAGCAUCGGUCGCAUCAACUUCAAAACCAUCCGCAACUUCAUCGCUCGCAUGGUCAGCGUCUUUGACAUCGGCCCUGACAAAGUCCAGAUUGGUCUGGCUCAGUACAGUGGAGAUCCAAAGACCGAGUGGCACCUGAACGCCCACCCGAACAGGGCGUCCCUACUCGAAGCUGUAGCCAACCUGCCAUACAAAGGAGGAAACACGAUGACAGGAAUGGCUCUGAGCUACAUCCACGAGAACAAUUUCAAAACCAACGUGGGAAUGCGUGACGACUCCCGCAGAAUUGGUGUCCUGAUCACUGACGGAAAGUCCCAGGAUGAAAUUAUCUUCAACUCGCAGAAGCUGAGAGACAGCGGCAUCGAGCUCUACGCUAUCGGUGUGAAGAACGCCGAUGAGAACGAGCUGAGGUCCAUUGCCACCGACCCUGACGAAAUUCACAUGUACAACGUCCAAGACUUCCAGUUCCUGCUGGACAUCGUUGACGACCUCUCCAACAACCUGUGUAACAGCGUCAAGGGCCCAGGAGUUCAACUGAAGGCUCCAGCCAACCUGGUGACCUCGGACGUGACCCACCAUUCCUUCCGUGCCACCUGGACGUUGCCCGAGAGUCCGGUGGACAAGUUCCGCGUUGUUUACAUGAAAGAAGCUGAUCCCACAAAGGAGUUUGAGGUGAUCGUCGACGGGAAGCAGAACACCGUAGUGCUGGAGAAGCUGACCCACUUGACCAAGUACCUCGUCAAUGUCUACUCCAUACACAGCGAGCUGAGCAGUGAGCCUCUGCAGGGCUCUGAGACCACCUUGCCCAUGCCUCCUCCUGGAGCACUGAGAAUCACCGAUGUCACUCACAGCACCAUGAAGCUCAACUGGGACGCUGCCCCCGGAGAAGUCCUCAAGUACACGAUCACCUACAAACCAGAAAACGGAGAAAUCAGAGAGGCUGAAGUCAACGGUGACAUCACCACUCUGGACCUGUCCAGCCUCAUCUCUCAGACUGUGUACGACGUGGCCGUUACCCCGGUAUACGCCGCUGGACCCGGAACCCCGGUGCUCGGAAGUGCUAAGACAGGUGUUGUUCCUACCCCUAAGAACCUGCAGUUCUCUGAGGUCACCCAGACCUCCUUCAGAGCCACCUGGGAGCACGGAGCCCCGGAUGUGGCCCUUUACCGCAUCGGCUGGACAAAGAAGGGGGAGAGCAACUUCCAAUAUGCCAUCCUGAAUAGCGACGAGACCAGCCAGGUUCUGGAGAACUUGGACCCUGACACCGAUUACACCGUCACUGUCACAGCCAUCUACCCAGACGAGUCGGAGAGUGACGACCUGAUGGGAGACGAGCGCACAUUGUUAAAGGCUCCGGAUGUGCCCCCAGAGCCUCCUCGCAACCUGAGGGUUUUCAACGCCACUAUCUCCACGCUGACGGUGAAGUGGGACCCUGCACCCGGCCCUGUCGAGAACUACAAGCUCACUUACAGGCCUGUCGCUGGAGGCGAGCCUGUCACAAGGGAGGUUGGAGGGAAGAAGACCAGCCUCAUCCUGCAGAAGCUGGACCCUGACACUCAGUACGCUGUCUCUGUGGUGGCCGUUUAUCCUCACGGCACCAGCAAAGACAUCUCUGGAGAAGGAAAAACCAAGCCUCUGGGUGGAGUGAGGAACCUGCAGGUGUUGAACCCGACCAUGACCACCCUGAACGUGCGAUGGGAGCCUGCUGAGGGCCCAGUGAAGGAAUACAAAGUCAUUUAUGUUCCCACCGACGGAGGAGAUGAGAGCAUUGAGCAAGUGCCAGCAAGCACCACAAACACUGUCCUGCGAGGCCUGCAGCCCGACACCCUCUACACUGUCUCUCUGGUGCCCGUUUACGCUGAGGGAGAUGGAAAGACCAUGUCUGAAAAUGGAAAGACAAAGCCUCUGGGUGGAGGCAGGAACCUGCAGGUGUUGAACCCAACCAUGACCACCCUGAACGUGCGCUGGGAGCCCGCCGAGGGCCAAGUGAAGGAGUACAAAGUCAUCUAUGUUCCCGCUGCCGGAGGAGAUGAGACCAUGGAGAAAGUGCCAGCAGGCACCACAACGACCGUCCUGCGAGGCCUGCAGCCCGACACCCUCUACACUGUCUCUCUGGUGCCAGUUUAUCCAGUGGGAGAAGGAAAGAAACUGUCUGAGAAUGGAAAGACAAAGCCUCUGGGUGCAGUGAAGAAGCUGCAGGUUUUGAACCCGACCAUGACCACCCUGAACGUGCGCUGGGAGCCCGCCGAGGGCCAAGUGAAGGAGUACAAAGUCAUUUAUGUUCCUGCUGCCGGAGGAGCUGAAAGCAUGGAGCAAGUGUCAGCAGGCACCACAAACACCAUCCUGCGAGGCCUGCAGCCUGACACCCUCUACACUGUCUCUCUGGUGCCGGUUUACGCUGAGGGAGAUGGAAAGAAAAUGUCUGAAAAUGGAAAGACAAGACCACUGGGAGGAGUGAAGAACCUGAGGGUGACCAACCCCACCAUGACCUCCCUGAAUGUGGACUGGGACCCGGCUGACGGCGCUGUUCGCCUGUACAAGGUCUUCUAUGUGCCCACCGCUGGAGGCCGAGAGGAGAUGGAGCAAGUCCCUACAGGCACCACCAACAUCGUCCUCAGGAACUUGAUGCCUGACACACUAUACACAGUGUCUGUGUUACCAGUCUACCCCGCCAGGGAGGGAAAACGCCAGUCCGAGAACGGAAAGACACUGCCUUUGGGCGGAGCGAGCAACAUGCAGGUGACCAACCCAACCAUCACCACACUCACAGUGACAUGGGACCCUGCUGAUGGCAACGUUCAGGGCUACAAAGUGAUCUACGUUCCUGCCGACGGAGGACUGGAGAUUGUGGAGCAAGUCUCAGAGAGCACCACCAAAACCGUCCUGGAGAAGCUUCUACCAGACACCCGUUACAGCGUCACCGUGGUCCCCGUCUACGCUGAGGGAGACGGACCCAGCCUGACAGACAGCGGCAAGACAAAGCCACUGGGUUAUGUGAGGAACCUGCAGGUUACUGAUCCCACCACCAGCUCCCUGAACGUCCGCUGGGAUCCCGCCGAGGGUAAAGUGCGUGAAUACAUCGUUAUCUGGACGCCGACUGAUGGAACAGGAGAGCAGGAUGUGGACCAGGUGUCUGGAACGACCACCUCCACUGUCCUGAAAAACCUGAACUCGGACACAGAGUACACCGUUACCGUGGUGCCCGUCUACCACGAGAUGGAGGGCAAACCCAUAUCUGAAAAUGGAAAGACAAAUCCUUUGGGCGGAGUGAAGAACUUGCAGGUGAUCGACCCGACCAUCAACACUCUGAAAGUCCGUUGGGAUCCAGCGGUGGGCAACGUCCGAACCUACAAGAUCUACUACAAAGCUCAACCAGAUGGAGAAGGAAAAAUGGAGGAAGUGUCAGGAGGCACCACCUCCACCACCCUGAGGAACCUGGACCCUAACACCGUCUACAAUGUGACGCUUGUUCCCGUCUACCCAGACGUGGAGGGCAUACCGCAGAGCGAGGAAGGAAAGACAAAACCCCUGGGCGGGGUGAGGAAUCUCCAGGUGACCGACCCCACCACCAACUCCCUCAGGGUUCGCUGGGAUCCGGCCGAGGGCGACGUCAGGCAGUACAAAGUCAUCUACGUCCCUGCCGCCGGAGGAACCGAGAGCUUGAUCACGGUAUCAGGGUUGACAACGAACACGAUGCUGAGAGACCUGCAGCCAGACACCGAGUACAAAGUGACGCUGGUGCCUGUUUACCCUGAACUGGAGGGGAAACACGUGUCGGAGAAUGGGAAGACAAAGGAGCUGGGCGGAGUGAAGAACCUGAAGGUCAGCGAUCCCACUACCAGCUCCCUCAAGGUGCGCUGGGAUCCAGCGGAGGGCAACGUGCGCCAGUACCGCAUCUUCUACGUCCCCGCAACUGGUGGCGCCGAGGACAUGGAGCAGGUGUCGGGCGGCACCACCAGCACCACACUGAGGAACCUGCUGUCAGACACUCCCUACACUGUGACUGUGGUUCCAGUUUACCCAGAGGGAGAGGGUCUGCGCCAGUCUGACAACGGAAAGACACUCCCACGCACGCCACCCAGGAACAUCCAGGUGUACAACCCCACACCCAACAGCCUGAACGUGCGGUGGGAGCCCGCCACAGGCCAGGUUCAGCAGUACCGGGUGGUUUACACCUCCCUGAACGGAGCCACAUCCACGGGGUCGGUCCUGGUUCCAGGAAAUAUUAACAACGCUUUCUUGGACAACCUGAUCCCGGAUACUCCCUAUUCAAUCACCGUUUUACCUCUGUAUGCCGACGGCGAGGGAACGCCUGCGGAGGGCAACGGACAAACACUGCCCCGAACUGGUCCCAGGAACAUGCGUGUGUUUGACGCCACCACCAACACCCUAACCAUCGGCUGGGACCACGCAGAGGGUCCCGUGAGGCAGUACAGGAUCGCCUACGCUCCCAUGACCGGAGACCCCAUCACCGAGUUUACUGUGGUUCCUGGUAACAGAAACAACGCCAUGCUGCAGAACCUGAUCCCUGACACCCCGUACAACAUCACUGUAGAGGCCAUCUACGCCGAGGGUCCCGGAGGGUCCCUCAACGGAAACGGACGAACAAUCGGCCUGCUGAGUCCGAGAAUCCUUCGCGUCUCAGACGAGUGGUACACCCGUUUCAGAGUGGCCUGGGACCCGGUGCAGGCUCCCGUCCAGGGAUACAGACUGCUCUACUCGCCUGAAGGCACAAACCAAUCCAUUGAUGUCUUUGUUGGUGAUGUGACCUCUUACACGCUGCACAACCUGCUGCCUGGAACCACCUACGAUGUCAAAGUGAUCGCCCAGUACACCGGCGGCAUGAGCGCACCGCUGGAAGGACAAGGAACAACAUUGUACCUGAACGUGACCAACAUCGAGACCUUCAACGUCGGUCACGACAAGUUCUGCAUCAAGUGGAAUCCUCACAGAGCCGCCACGUCCUACCGCAUCAAACUCAACCCUGCUGACCCCUCCAGUAAAGGACAACAUGAGAUCACCAUCCCCGCCGGGCGGCCUCAGUACUGCUUUGACGGACUUUCUCCCGACGCUCUGUACACCGCCACCGUCUUCGUUCAGACCCCCAAUCUGGAAGGACCGGGAGUCAGCGCCAAAGAGAGAACCUUGGUGAAGCCAACUCCGGUUCCAACACUCCCACCCACCCCGACCCCUCUACCCACCAUCCCCCCCGGAUGGGCAGUGUGCAAAGGUGCCAAAGCAGAUGUGCUGUUCCUCAUCGAUGGGUCCUGGAGUAUCGGCGAGGAGAGCUUCAACAAAGUGGUGCACUUUGUCUACGGCAUGAUCGGCGCCUUUGAUGUCAUCGGACCCUCAGGAAUGCAGGUGUCGUUCGUGCAGUACAGCGAUGACGCAAAGACGGAGUUCAAGCUGAACGCUUAUCAAGACAAAGGUAUCGCCAUGGCUGCGCUCCAUCAUAUCCGUUACAGAGGAGGAAACACCAAAACAGGAGUUGCUCUGAAACACACACACGAUAAGGCCUUUUCUCUGGAGAACGGCAUGAGGAGAAACGUCCCCAGGGUGGUUGUAGCGAUCACCGACGGACGCUCUCAGGACGAGGUGAAGAAGAACGCCGCCAAGCUGCAGCAUGCAGGUUACAGCGUUUUCGCCAUCGGUGUUGCCGACGUGGAUUUUGUUGAGUUGCAGAGGAUUGGUAGCAAGCCCACCGACAGACACGUGUUUGUCGUGGACGACUUUGACGCUUUUGACACCAUCAAGGAAAACCUGAUCACCUUCAUUUGUGAAACAGCAACCUCGUCCUGUCCCUUGAUUUUCCUGAAUGGAUUUACUUCACCUGGCUUCAGGAUGCUCGAGGCGUUCAACCUGACAGAGAAGACCUACAGUUACAGUCAAGGUGUCUCUAUGGAGCCCGGUUCCUUCAACAGCUACACGGCAUACAGACUCCACAAAAACGCCUUCCUGAGUCAGCCCUCAGUAGAUAUCCACCCUGUUGGUCUUCCCCACGCCUACACCAUCAUCCUGAUGCUCCGCCUCCUGCCCGACACGCCCAAGGACGCCUUCGACAUCUGGCAGGUGUCAACCAAAGAUCACAAGCCGGAGACCGGCGUCACGAUUGACACCUCAAGCCAGACUGUGUCGUUCUACAACAAAGACGAGCGCGGUGAGAUCCAGAAGGUCACAUUCGACGACGAUAAAGUGAAGAGGAUCUUCCAUGGAAGCUUCCACAAGCUCCAUAUCCUGGUUUCAUCCACCGCCGUCAAACUCAACAUUGAUUGCCAAGAAGUGGCUGAGAAGGAGAUCAAGGCCGCGGGAAACACAUCCAGCGAUGGCUACCAGGUUCUGGGCAAGAUGUCCAAGUCCAUCGGCUCCAAGGGAGAAUCAGCGACUUUCCAGCUCCAGAUGUUUGAUAUUGUCUGCAGCUUGGCCUGGACCAGCAGGGACAGAUGUUGUGACCUCCCGUCUAUGAGAGAUGAACUGAAGUGUCCUUCUCUUCCAAACUCCUGCACCUGCACCUCAGAGGCCAACGGGCUCCCAGGGCCUCAGGGACCAGUGGGUGCCCCCGGUAGCAAAGGUCCCAGAGGUGAAAGGGGAGAAUCCGGUACUGUUGGACCGGUCGGUCCGCGGGGAGAUCUCGGACCACCUGGGCCCAUGGGCUUGCCUGGUCCUCAAGGACCCAUCGGGUUGUCGAUUCCAGGAGAGGCUGGCCGCCCUGGACCAAAGGGAGACCCCGGUGACUCUGGCCUACCUGGACAGAAAGGUUUACCUGGACCUUCUGGUGGCGUCGGACCGAUCGGACCAGCUGGAGUGAGGGGCCCUCAAGGAAAGGAUGGACCAGGUGGACCCAGAGGCCCCCCAGGGCCCAUGGGACCUCCAGGAUCUCCAGGAAUACCAGGUGCUGCAGGAAAACCAGGAAAUCCCGGAGACUCAGGUUCUCCUGGCACUGUUGGUCCCAAGGGAGACAAAGGAGAGAGAGGCGACUUUGCUCCUCAAAACAUGAUGCGAUCCAUUGCCAGACAAGUUUGCGAGCAGCUAGUGAAUGCACAAAUGACUCGUGUCAACACAUUACUGAACCAGAUCCCCAACGGCAUGUACCGCAGCAAUAACCCAGGCCCUCCUGGGCCUCCUGGACCUGCUGGCAGGCAGGGACCCCGCGGAGAGCUGGGCCCCGCAGGAAGGAACGGCUUACCCGGAAGUCCAGGUUUACCCGGCCAGCCGGGAGAGAGAGGUCCUUCAGGAGAGAAGGGCGACCGAGGGACGUCAGGAGUUGGACAGAAAGGACCGAGAGGGCCUGCUGGCCCACAAGGAGAAAGCAGGACAGGACCUCCAGGCCCUUCAGGCUCUGCCGGACCUCGUGGUCCCCCUGGACGUCCAGGUUACGCCGGAGUCCGUGGGCCUCCUGGACCUCCUGGAUACUGCGACUCUUCUCAGUGUGUCGGUAUUCCUUACAAUGGGCAAGGAUACAUAGGUUCACCAUAGUAGACUUUCUAUGCCGCCUGUGCUGCUUUCACUGACUUCCUGAAAAACAAAACUCAAAGUCCUGUAACUGAAACACUUGCUCACAUGCUCUAGAGCUGUUUAAAGGAUAACAGCCAAAGGAAACCAUUAACAAACUAUGCUGAAAAAAAAAACAACACAUCAACAAAGAGGGAACCUGUACUAACGACUCACAGCCAGUAGAACAAAACCCACCAGCAGCAGCGGUGAUGGCACCGACCUGUUUAGUGGCCUGUUUGCAUCUUGAAGCCAAAGACCAAACAAAGAAACCUUGUGUUCAGUGGAGGAGCAUGUACCAAACAACAACAACAACAAACAACCCAAACAAAUACUAACAAAGGUGGAUUUGUAACAGAAACAAGUGCAACUACCACAGCAUCACCAGCAACAACAGCAGCAACAACUUUAACAGCAUUACUCUCGAGGUGACAUGUGUAAAUAAACUAAUUUGUGCCUUGUAAAUGGUGUUUGAAUCAAGUCCACUAAAUUUAGUUUUUAACAUCUGUAGUGUUAAAGCUUGUGCCUUGCAACCAACAACCUGAUGCUUGCUGAAUGCCAACAAAAACGCCUCUUUUUUUAAAAUUUUCCUGCCCAUGUGUUUGUAGCUGUUUUAAACUGCUCAGGGCCAUACUGAAUCAUUUCUGCACAUGUGACCCCUGAGGUUUAGAUUUCACUUUGUUUGCCACUUCAUGUACAAAAUCAAACAAUCUAGUUUUUCCAUUUCCUUUUUUUUAUUUUUAUUUUUAAAAAAAACCAAACAAACAAUUCUCCCAGAACCAGCUAUACUGUAUCUGUACGUUAUUAAAUACUAACAAUGCAACUCUAAAGAAGGUUCUCCAGGCUCGUGGCAGAAGAACUGUACUUGAUUUUUAUGUAGAAAUGUUUUGUUGUUUAUUUUGUAAAUGAAUGAGUUGUGGAGAAAUGACAGUGUUGAUAAUUCUUGAGUGAUAAAGUCACCUGACUCUCAAAUUGGACUAACACCUGAACUUGUGACGUCAACAAAAAAGGGAAACGACGAAUGCACUGACAUGUUUACCAGGGGCGUGUCCAACCACACAACUAAAUCUGACAAUUGAUUGGUUUGUUAGCAGCUGUGGAUUUGGUGAUAUCUCUGCCGAUCAAUCAAAGUUUACCUGCACUCCUGCGAGUUGCAGAUGUUUUAUUUUGCUCGUGAACUUUCUUUAGCGUCACACUUUGUUAGAUACACCUGUACAAUCUAAUGCAAUCCAAUGCAAUAGUUCUGCCAUGAAUUCCACUGAGGUUUUGUUCUAGGUGCUCAGAAACAAAGUAGAAUUAUCACCUUUCUGAAAGUGUCAACAAAAACUGAACAUUUAAAGCUUUGAAGAAGUAGAAUUUAUGGCAGAGCUGCUGUAUUGGAUUAUAUUGGAUUGCACACGUGUUUCUAAUAAAGUAGCCAGUGAGUGUGUAUACUAUUAUGAAAUCUUAUGCUGAUUUGAUAACCUGCAGCCUGUUGCGCUACUAACUGCUUUGUUGUAACUAGCUAUUUUCACAUUAAACUUGCUACCUGCUCAGUUGCAGAGUUCUUACUUGUUCUAUAAGUAAACAGUAAUCACAACUUUGUCACAGAGUGACAUUUUACACUGUGCCGUAUUUAGAUAAAAUGGAAUAAAAAGACACAAUUGACUAGUGACAUAAAGUAAGAGACGUACUAUAGACUGUUAUUUAGAAAGUCAAAGUCACAUAUGCUAUCAUGUGUUCUGUUGACAUAUGAUAAUAUUAUUUUAUCAUUAAAAAAUCACAAAGAAUCCCGCAUUCUGACCAUCUUAGGUCUGAGGACUGAAACAUCAAUAAAAUGAGUCCAAGUGAUGGACAGUGUUUGGGAUUCUUUGUUUUUAGGGUUUUUGAUCAUAUGCACUUGUCAUGGUGUGCAAGAACUUUCUUGAAAUAAUUAAAAUGUCAGUUAUAAUAAUUGUAACAAGCAUGCAUUAGCAUAACUCCCACAUUACGUGUGAGCUACAUCAAUUCAUCUGAUCACUAUUUUUAAAAUGUGAUCAAAAAGGAAAAGCAACAAAUUCUCACAAAUGAGAAGCUGGAACAUUUAAAAAUAAAGGACUUAAGCAAGUAAUUGAUUAUCAGAAUUGUUGUAGAUCGACUUAUCUCUUCAGCUCUACUUAGAACAUUUACACAUAGCUGGUGCAACAGCCUGCUGGUUAAUUAUAAAAAUGGUUUAAGAUGCUUAAAUGAAAAAACUUUCUGGUCCCUGCACCAGUCAAGUGCCUCACAGCAGCUGUUGAAUCACGAUAACUUUUUUCUAUUGGCUUAUUUCGGUGCAUCGGUAGCUCCAGUCCACAAAUGUUGCUGUUUCCUGUUUUUCAGUGAGCAAAAUAUGGGAAAAAUUUUGCUGUAACCCCCUCAACCACCACAAUAAGUGUGGACACGCCCCUGCUGUUUACUAACCAAAUGUUUCAGAGCCGAAAAGAAAUACAAAAAACUCACUUGACUUUAGUUAGCAGUCACUUAAAACAAGCAAACAAAAAAAAACAACUAAAUUCUAACCCGUUCUUCUUGUGCAUGCUGAGACAAACUAAGAGAAUUUCCCAACUCAUGUUCAAUUGGCCCAAACGCUAUCUCCAAGCAGGCCAAUAUCCAUCUGAACCCGACACCCAAGUAUUCCCGGUCACCGAGGAGGAGGAUGAUUCGCAAUACCAGCGUCGAAAGAGAUCACUAUCAAGAAAGGCAUCCAACAGGCUAACAUCAUAAGACAAGCCAUGUUCACUUUUUUUUUCUUGUUCAACCUGUGUUUGUUGUUGGAAUAUGCACAUUAUACACAGAAAAAAAUGGGGUUUGACACCUCGACUUUAUUGGGAAAUACCUUUUAAAUGCCUUAAAACGUAUGUGAAUAUUCAUUUUUGUGGCAGGUGAAGGUCUUGGACAGAGGGAGGGAGUUUGGGGGCGAUUGCUAAGCAAAAAAUUUUUAAAAAAUGGAAGAAAAAAAUCCAUGAAAACCUGUGAGCUUUUUCUUUUUCCACUUGUCUUUUGCUUGUAACAUAUUUGCAUUGAGUUUGUAUGAACUAGCAGUGUUGAACAGUGCACUCAUUGCAUAACAAAGCUAGUGAUGGUAGUGGAGGGAUGAAAAUGUUUGUUGACAGUGUUGGGACAUCAGGUGAGAAAUGAUUAUUGUUUUCUGUCACAGUUCAUCCAGUAUGUUAAAUAUAACCCUUUUCAUUCAGUGUCGUCUUCCAAGGAGGUUCAGUUUCAUUAUGGCAGUUAAACACAGCUUUCAUUUUGUAUCUCUAGACUUAAUAUUUAUCAGUUUUCCUUUAUUCCGUCACAGCUAAUUUUACCAAAGGUGAAAUUGCAUGUCUGUGGUGUAUAUUUAGUACAUGUUUUUGUUACAUUUCAUUUUUGUUUUAACCAGAAUAUAGUUGUUGUCAUUCUUGUCAUUUUCUCAGUAUCGAAUGCAGUUGAAACCUGCGUGCAAGACUAUGGAAAUGGUAUUGCUGCUUCAUGUUUUAACUGCAGAUUGUGAAUUCCACAGCCUUAUUUUCUUAUUUAUUUCUGAAAACAGAAGAGGCAUUUUUCAAUAAAACUACUGAAAAUUUA